GAUGAUAUUGAAGCUGAGGUUAUUCCGAAUAAAACAAAGAGAGAUGGUAGAGAUGACGAAGAAGAUGAAUAACUUGGCAUACUUGAUGAUGAUAUGGAUCCUGAUAUGGAUUAUGAUAUUUAGUUUUUGUUUUUUUUAGGUUUCUAUAUGGACAUAUGGUUUUAAUGCAUUACAUAGUUAUGCUAUAUUUUGUUGUGUCUCUUUAAGUAAAUAUUCUGCUUUAUAUUUUAUGUUUUAUAUCAAUUUAUGCUUUUUAGUUACCAAAAUGGCCAAAGGGGAGAAACAAUGGAUCAAACCAGGUUUUCUAGCAAAACAAAAGCGAACACAGUACGAAAUGGAAAGAUAUAAGGCAAUCAAGAAGAAUAAAAAGAAAAUGGAUGCUCUGCAAUUGAAGCAUUUAGCAGCUUCUUUGAUGGGUUCUACUCAGCCCAAUCGUGUUAAUCAGAAGGGAAAGAACAUUAGGGUUGAGGUAGAUGAUGAUGACUACAUACCGUCAGAUCAUGAAGAUGACACUAAUGAUGCUGAGUCCUUUGAAAGUGUUGACGAUGAGAAGUUGACAGAGCAGCUGGAUUGAUUGCAACUCCUGUGACCAAUCAAAAGGAAUAGCCAGCUGCAGGGACUAUAAUGCAUUCCCCAUCCACAAUGAUCAAUAUCCUGG